AGUGCUGUCUGCUCCCCGUGUACCGUCGUCUCCGCGGCAGUUUUAGUUCCCGGUCCCGAGCGCUGGCCCCCGGAGCUCGGAAUGUUCCCAGAACUCAAUAACCUUCUCAAUACCGCCCCUGACAAGGUGGAGCAGGGAAAACUGACUCUGCUCUGUGAUGCGAAGACAGAUGGCAGUUUCCUUGUGCACCACUUUCUCUCCUUCUACCUCAAAGCUAAUUGUAAAGUCUGUUUUGUGGCGCUUAUCCAGUCCUUUAGUCACUACAAUAUUGUGGGACAGAAGCUGGGUGUCAGCCUGACCGCGGCACGGGAACGUGGGCAGCUCGUGUUCCUUGAGGGUCUUAAGUCUUCAGUGGACAUCUUCUUCCAGACUGAGGAGCAGCCACACCCCCUGCAGUUCCUCAGGGAGGCCAACACUAGCAACCUGCAGCCACUGUAUGAGUUUGUGCAGGAGGCCCUGAAGCCCGUGGACCAUGAGGAGGCUGCCUGGAGGUGCCCGGUACUGCUGGUGGAUGACCUCAGUGUGCUGCUGAGCCUGGGCGUGAGGGCAGUGGCCGUGCUGGACUUCAUCCACUACUGCAGAGCCACUGUGUGCUGCAAACUACAGGGAAAUAUAGUGGCCCUUGUGCAUGACAGUGGAGACGCCGAGGACGAGGAGAAUGACAUCCUGUUGAAUGGCCUUAGUCACCAGAGCCACCUGGUCCUGCGGGCUGAGGGCCUAGCCACCGGCUUCUGCAGGGACGUGCAUGGGCAGCUGAGGAUCCUGUGGCGGAGACCAUCGCAGCCCACCCCCCAGAGGGAUCGGAGCCUCACUUACCAGUACAAGAUACAGGACAAGAGCGUGUCCUUUUUUGCCAAAGGAAUGUCUCCUGCUGUUCUGUGACCUAAGGGGCAGACAGCGCUCUCUUGGGCUGUUCCGGAAGUGGAGAAUGAAGCAACCAAGCAGGGACGGAUCUUCACGCCUUUGUGGCGGUGUUUCAGGCUGCAGCGACUCGGGGAUGUCGAGUGGAGCUGUGGCAGGUGCUUUGUCCCGGACCUUGUUCAGAAAGCACACGAGGAGCUCGCGACCCUGCCUCUGCUGAGAGAGACAUUGAAGCUGCGUGAAAGGGGUCCUCUGGAGUCUUCCAUGUAAAUACACUUGUGCCUUUAGAGCCAGAGUGGGCAUGAAUGUGCCAGUCGGGACAGUCCUGGAUGGCAGGUGUCCUAGGGGACAGAUAGGGCAAUCGUGGCUGGCAUAAAUUGAGUUCCCACAUCGUGGUUUCCUGUGGGCUACCUUGUUUAGUUUUCGCCUUUAUCUUGCAAAGGUGUUUUUCCUACGUCCAGUGAGGAAACAGGCUUGGCGAGAUGUAGUAGCUCCAGGCUGUAGGGUAGGCUGUGGGGAGGAGGCCUGAUUGAGGCCACACUGGCAGGCUGCCAGUGGAAGGUGAGAUGGGCGCCCCACCCAGUUCACAGCUUGGGCCCCACCGGGUUCUGUGGUGCCUUGCCCACAUUCUGAUGAGACCCGGCCAGCAAGCACCUGGCACCCUGGAAGUGGUCGCCUGAGGCCUAUGUAGGGCCCAGGUGUACAUGGCCUUGGUGAGGGUAUAAGAAAUGUUUUUGCUGGCAGGAUGGGGCCUUGGCAAGUAGCUGGUGCCUCCCUCACCUGUGAAGACCACAGGAGGUGAGCUGUUGCCCCAUCAUCCAGUAGAUGCCAACUUGCCACACUCAGCCCCUCGGCCAGGGUCAUCUCAAUGGGACCAGGCCGAUUCUCAAAGUGUAUGUGAAUUAUAUCACAGUGGAUUUGAUUUUUUAAAUAAAUAAAAUGAAAGAAAAACACUGCUUUGCGGUGACUAGGAGAAUUUGAAUUGUUUUUUAGUUUUACUACAUUUUCAGUCUUUGUGACAGGGACAGUUUAUCACCCCCCUCUAAUCAUACUAUUGUGUUGGUCUUCCCACUGAAACAGUAGCUGCUUUUCUUCUCAGAAUACUGCAGGCCUGAUGAAUAUUUGAAAAUUAUGAGUUUAAGUAACUUAAGAAAAAGUAGUUAUUUAGGAAUCUAAUGACUUUUAUUAA